AGGUAACGGCUAAAUUUGUGCGAUCUGAUACAAGCAAUUUCAAUAAAUUGCUUCGUACAGACAUCACCUGAUAAACAACACUGGCUUGGCAACGGAACACGCCAGGUACGCUCUUCACUUACCUCAUACGGCCGGCCGGUGCGCGUCAAUACGACUCAACUAAAUUGGUAAAAGUCCGCGUGCCAUUUGAAACGCUUCAAUAAUAAAUCAAAAGUGUGCCUAGCUUAUGUUGUCAAAUCCUCUGAUUUGUAUAUUCAAAUCUAGUGCAGUGCCGUCAUCGGGCGACUCACGACAGGAUGUUAUCGUUGGAACAAUUGUCACAAAUAGUCAAAGUGCACCUCGGUCUCUACAACUACUCUGAAGGUAUUCAAUAUUCAUGUAAAUGGGACAUUAGUGAAUCGGCCUUGGGCGGGCGAGGACUAUUUGCAACUGAAGAUAUAGCAUCUGGUGAGGUCCUGUUCGUAGAUCGGCCACUUAUUCGAGGACCCCGAAUCACCGCACCACGAGGAUGCACAGUCUGUGGCCGCUUAUUAAACAGUGAUACAUUUUUCAAAUGUCACAAAUGUUCUUGCUUAUUGUGUUCGGAAGAGUGUCAAGAUAGUGCUACACAUAACGAGGAUUGUGCCAUAGUUUCCGGAUGGAAUAAUAAAGUACCUAUUGAGGAAGUAGACGAUAUUUUAUUAUCAAGAGCGUUGACACCGAUAAGAGCGUUAUUGUUGAAUGAAGAUCAGAAAUUGCUUAUGGCAGCGCUUCAAGCACAUAUUUUACCACAACACGGUUCAGAGAUUAGAGAUUUAAUAAAAUAUUUCCACAUUCCAGAAGAGGCUACACAAUUACUCACUCUAGCUUGUUGCGCGCUCGACACAAACGCAUUCCAAAUAGCAACUGCGUACGGUAAAAAGGAAGUAAGCAUGCGAGGCUUGUAUCCAGUUUCUGGAUUAAUGAACCACAAUUGUGUGCCAAAUACUAGAUAUAGUUACAAUGGCGAUAACCAAAUGACUGUUAAAGCUGUGAAACCAAUUCGAGCAGGAGCAGAAAUUUUUACAUGCUAUACCGGAACUUUAUGGGGAACCCCUUCUCGACGGAUGUAUUUAUACAAAACGAAACAUUUUUUGUGUCAGUGUGACAGAUGUGCAGAUCCUACUGAACGUGGAACACUGUUAGCCGCGCUGAAGUGCUUCUCUGCGGAAUGCCCUGGGUCGCUCUUACCAACGCAGCCUCUAAAGCUAUCAUCUCCUUGGCAAUGUUUGCAAUGUGGUCUGCGUGUACCUAACAAAAAUAUUUGUGUUCUACAAAAUGCUCUUGGUAAUUUAAUGAGCACGUUAGACUUCGAGAACGUAGAUCAAUUGGAAAAUUUUCUAGUGCACCGUAUUGAUAAAUACGUGCCGAAAACUAAUCAAAUCGUCGUAGACCUUCAAUGUCGGCUAAUAUGGGAGAUAGGAGAUAAAGAAGGGCUACAGUGGCAUGAGCUAUCGGAGUCCCGACUGUCGCUGAAGGAGAACCUAUGCCGAGGCACUUUGCGCACGGUGGCGGCGCUGGGCGUGGGAGACGCGCACCUCCGCGGCCUGCUGCUCUACCACUUGCACGCCGCGCUGGCAGAGCGCGCGCGUCGCUUCCCCGACCUGUAUGAAGAGCUGAAAACUGAAAUCGAGUGCACCAUAGAGCAAGCCUUUAACAUCCUCCAAGGAGACAUAUCCGCCCCUCCAGACCUUGAACUUAGACACCAAUACCUGGGCCCCGGUUGCGACAAGCCCCAUCAGGAGAGGUUCUUCAUACUCGACGCAUGAAGUGGUCUCAGUGAAAUCGAGACUCAAUCCCCGAACUGAAUCGGAUGGAAAAAAUAAGCCGAUCAUCUGCUUUUGACGCUCCUAACAACGUAAUCUACUUAUGAAAUAAUUUCAUAAUUAUUGUAAACGAAUUCUCUUUUAUUACUCUCGAAUUAGCAGACCUGUUUUAUUCCUUUAGUAAUUUGUACGUAUUAAUUAAUAACAAAUAAUGCGUGUAGCAAUAACUUCUAUAGGAACGGAAAAUUCCUUACAUAAAAUGGCAUCACAGAAAAAUGGUAAUAAACGCUGUCAAAUAAAAAAGGUACCUAACUAUACACCUUCAAUUUUCAAUUAAUCGAGAGCAAUUUAAUCGCAUUUAAUAAAUUCACUUAAAAACGUUCAACAAACGUUUAAACAAAACUAUUAGGUUUUAAAUAUGUAUACUUUUUAAAAUAUGUUUCCUACGAAUUCUUCAACAAAUAUAAUGUUAAUCUACUUAUGUUAAAUUUUUAGAACAAUAAAAUAAGUAAAAAGUCUAAUUAUCAGAGUAAUAAAAAUUACGGAAUAUCAAAAUUGAACGUAGUCGAUAAAAAAUAAAACUUUAUUUAUUAUUAAAUUAACUUUUGAAAGAUCUAAGUUAAGCUUGGUAUUUGCUUUAUAAUAAAAAUUAAAUAAUGUAUGUACAAAGCCAAAGAUUAAAUUCGCCACAAUGGAUCUGUACUAUUUAAAUUAGCAAUAGUAACUUUGUAACUAUUUGUAUAUUAAUUUUUAAUAAAAUUUAUUC